AUGAGAACUAUCCGAGUCGAUCCUCUCACAAACGGUCAAUAUGUUUCGGAAUAUCUAACACAAUUUAGAGGAUAUUUUACAGAAUCCGAAUUUAAGACUUGCAUCGAUGCGUUGAAUAAACCUUUUAGAGCGUACAAGAAGAAGAUGGUAACAGUAUGGUCCAUAAUAUUGUUCUCGUUUAUUUCUUGUUACAUUAUUCUCGGCAUUUCUACGAGAGCUACGGAAGGCCUGGACUUUUUCCUUUGGUUCUGUUUGAUCUUUGCGGGGUGGUUGCUUGUUCCUAUUCCUUUAAUUUUCUUUAACUUAAAAUGGACCAGACAGAGAGAGCAUGAAAGAGCUAAAAUUAUUGAUAGUUUCGAUGUCUCUGACCGGCCCAGAGGUAUUUCAUGGAUAUAUACGAAAGAGAUAUACUCAUUCGCUGCUCGUCGACAGUCUAACUUGGUCAUCGAACUGCCUGAGGGUUCUACUCGCUACGAUUUCAAAUGUUAA